AUGAACCUCCUCUCUCGCUGUGUGGCGCUGCUGUUCACCAGUGCUCUGUUUCUUCCAGCACAAUGCAUGACAUCCUCAGGUCGUGCUGGCCACGGUCUGAUCGGCUACGGUAUCAACAUGUACUUCCCGUACUGUUGCACGGCAUGCCGUAAUGUUUUGUCUGGGAGCAAACUUAAUUGCUCCGAGGCCACGGAGGUGGAAGACAUGAGCGGUAUGGACAUGAGUGGUGAUGGCGGCUUCACUACCAUGCCUCAGUGCUAUGCCACCGACGAUGCCUUCCUCCAGUCGCUUGCACUCUGCAUCAGCCAACGCUGUCCACAGGACGCCCGCGAACACGAACUCAAGGACUGGCAGAUCGAAAAAUGGUGGGCGAUGAAUGUCGUUGGGAGUGCUGCGGUACAACCUGAUCCAAAGGAAUCUUACGCAGAGGCAUUGGCCAAGGUGACCACCGUGCCAAAGGAAACCCUGAUGGCGGGCGAUCCUCUGAACAGGACAAUGUUGGUAUCUGUCGAAGACUAUCAACCUAACUGGAACGCCGACAAGAUAUUCGAGCAUAUCGAGAUCCUGCACGAGCGUUAUGGGCUUGUCGUGUUCCUUUCUGGAGUUGUCGUCCCCGUCGGCUUCUCACUCCUCCGUUUCCUCCCCUUUCCAGGCCGGUGGGUAACUCUCUUCAACGCAUGGAUCGUCGACCCUCCUGCCAUCGGUCAUCACCACAAGGUGCCGAUCUUCUGGGGAUUAACAAACAUGCCUACCCGAGGACAGGCCUUGUUCAUCGCAUAUCUGACAAUUCUCAACAUCCUUCUCUGUGCUACGGGAUACUCUUCAAGGCAGCCAAAUAGCUGGUGGCCCGAUGAUCGAGACCGAGAGAUUUUGACCUAUGUGACCAACCGAACCGGAGUGCUCAGUUUUGCCAACAUACCACUGCUCAUCUUAUACGCUGGCCGAAACAACGUCCUGCUGUGGCUGACGAACUGGAGUCACGACACAUUCAUCCUGCUGCACCGCUACGUCGCGGGGAUUGCUAGUCUGCAGGCCAUUAUCCAUUCUCUGAUCUACCUUUACAUCUACAAUGUGGAUGGUGACCAUUCGAGCGAAAGCAAACUUCCAUACUGGUACUGGGGAGCCAUUGCAACCAUCGGCAUGUCGAUAUUGCUGCCGACGUCGAUCCUGCCACUUCGACGUAUGCUAUACGAGGCCUUCCUCCUAUGGCACAUUGCAAUCUCUGUCUUGGUGGUGGUGGGAUGCUACCUGCACAUCUACGACCGUUUCGAUCACCAGUGGGGAUACGAAGUUUGGAUCUACGUCGCCAUUGCCGUCUGGGUGUUCGAUCGACUCCUCCGAAUAGGCCGGUUUGCCCGCGCUGGUCUCCGAUAUGCCAGGAUCACCAUUAUCGACCAAGACUAUAUCCGCGUCGAUAUCAAAGGCGUCGGCGGCCAUGGCCAUGCCUACCUGUACUUCCCCACGUUGACCUGGCGGGUGUGGGAGAACCACCCGUUUUCUGUGGCUUCAACUAUGCUCUACACUCCGAAGCCAUCCGCGCCCAAGACAGGCGUCAAACGCAUGAUGGCCGACGUUGAGAAGGAUAUUAUCUUCGCCGCUGCUGACGCCGUCAGCUCGGAUCACUCUAGCGAUGGAGACGCUGAUGAUGACCACCAGCGCCAACCACCAGAAUUGGCCAUGACUUUCUUGCUCCGUACACGCGGGGGUCUCACCUCGGUCCUGCGCUCGAAAUCCAGAAUUCCGGUGCUCGUCGAGUCCGGGUACGGGCAGCAGCACCAGCACACUGACCUCUUAGACUAUCCAACUGUGAUCUGCGUUGCCGGCGGAGUUGGAAUUACCACAGUCCUCCCACUCCUGCGUGGCCAUCCAGGACGAACCAAACUUCUGUGGGGGAUGCGUACUCCCUCGCUCAGCGAAGCCAUGGCCGACCAGCUAGACGGAGUGGAGAAGCAGAUUUUCGUGGGUAAGCGCAUGAAUGUGCGCGAGGAGCUGGAGCGAGAGCUGGAUUCUCCUAUCGCCGGGAACAGUUGCGCGGUUGUGGUCAGUGGGCCGGACGGGAUGGCGGACGAUGUGAGGAUCGCGGUGUGUGAGAUUGCAAAGAGGAAAAAGCAUCUCAAUGUCAGGUUGGUGGAGGAGUCGUUCUCGUGGUAG